AUGUUCGAAUCUGAUGAUAACACUGAUUGUGAAGAAACUAAGGACCUAGAUACACACCUACAUGAAGCAGAUACACUUGAAUUACAAAACGAAUUCGACCAAAGCAGGAAUAUGCAACCUGAUACACUGUCUCAUAAAUCAUCAGAUUGUGAAAGUGAAGAGUACAACCUUAGUGCAUCUUACACUCAACAUGAAGCAGACUCCCUGGAGUCACACAAAGAAUUUGACCAUGACAGAGAUAAUAAUGCCUCUGAUAUACUAUCUGAUGAUGAUUUCAGUGUGAAAAAACCAACUCAGAGGCAUAGAAAUGUGAUUGAAUCUGAUAGUGAUGAUGAAGAAACUUGCAACUCAAAUGUUUCUUCCAGUCCACAAUUACAUAAAAAUUUUGACCAUGCUAAAAAUACUAGAUCUGAAAUCCCACCUGAUCAUAGCAGUGACUUUGAUAAGAAGAAUUUGAAACAAAAAUUCCAAAGCACAAUUGAAUCAGUAAUUGAUAGUGAUGAAACAUAUGACCUACAUGAAGCAGACACACUUGAAUUACACAAGGAAAUUGCUAAUAUAUCCACUGAAUUGAGCAAAUCAAGAAUCAGUGUUGAUGAAAUUGUAUCAGAUGCUGAUAAGACCAAUGUGUUGUCAAGUUCUACACCAGAAAAAAAUCAUAGUGUGAGAACUGAGGAUGUAGCUAAUUAUACUCCUAAACCUAACAGAAUAAGGAUAUCUGAAGAGUUUAGUUUAGAUAAUUUUGGGAAAGUAAAAAAUAUGUUACAUAGUAGUACAUUAAUUGAACCCCAGUUAAUGUUAGACACUCCAGUAAAUAAUUCAUCAGGAAAACGACUUCUCAACAAGUCUAUAGAAACACCUAGAAUCUUGAAACUUGCUAAAGAAUCAAACACCCCUAGAGUUAUAAAGCCUUUAAUACCUUCACGGUCUCCAAGUCCAGAGAUCCAAUCUUUGAGUGAAGAUGAUAUUAUUGAUGUCAGUAGUGAAGAGGAGAGUAUCAUAAAAGCUCCUGCUAAAACCAGUAUCAGUAGGAUUCAGAAACAAGCUACAUUGGACAGUAUGUUUGUGAAGAAAGAAAUGCCAACACCAGUCAAAGAAGACUCAUCUAUACUAGUUUCAUUGAACCAAUUGCAAGAGCAGCAGGAUAAAAUACGGAGGAUCCGUUCUGAUCUGUCAAAAGCAACAAAUCUUCUCAGAACAGUCAAUCUUGAAAACCUGCCUGACAAAGGAAAAUCCAUAAGGAACCGUAAUGAAUUCCUAGAAGACUUGUUGUUGGAAGAAGUUGCAAAAAUGUCCAAAAUGAAAGUCACUCACGGCGAUGAACGUAAUAAAAAACCGGGAGCCAAAGAGAAAAUAGAAAUACUGUCUUGGGACGAAAUCGCAGCCAAGGCAGGAGCAGUCGUGCCAAGAACUUUUGGAAAACAAGCCAUGUCCACCUACAAUGCCCAAAAAGCCGUCACAAUGGACAGACUUCAACAACUACACGGUUCUUUAGCAACCUGUCCCAAAGAAAGUGACACAGCCGUAGACCCAAAAGGCCUCAAGGUUGAAUUAAUGCCUCAUCAGAGAAGAGCUCUAGCUUGGCUGAUGUGGCGAGAGACGCAAACACCUUCCGGAGGAAUCUUAGCCGACGACAUGGGCCUUGGAAAAACCCUAACAAUGAUAUCCCUGAUGUUGAAAACUAACGAAACGGAAGAAGAUGAUGACUCGGACGAAGAGAACGCAGAAAACGUGCCGAAAAAGAAGAAGACCUACAAGGGCGGCACUCUGGUGGUCUGCCCCGCCAGUUUGAUCAACCAGUGGUCUAGCGAGCUAGAGCGCCGCACCAAAAGAGGACUGGCCAGCUGUGAAAUGUAUCACGGGGCGAAGCGAGAAACGAAUCCCAAACGGCUGGCUAAACAUGACAUGGUCGUCACUACUUAUUCCAUAGUGAACAACGAGUGUGAAAAGGAGGGGGCCGUUUUCAGGGUAAAAUGGAGGCGGAUCGUCAUCGACGAGGCCCACCAGAUCAGGAACCACAAGUCACAGACUUCGGAUGCCGUUUGCCGGCUGAGCGCCAGGUCGCGGUGGGCCCUGACAGGCACUCCCGUUCACAACAAGGAGUUGGAUAUGUAUGCCUUGUUGAAGUUCCUCAGAAAUGCGAAUCCUCGUUCCAUUUCCCUCUCCAGGUGCACCCCUUUCGACGAUUUGUCCGUGUGGAAGAGGUGGGUAGGCGACAAAAGCACCGGGGGCACGGAAAGACUCCACACGGUGAUAUCCUCUCUCAUGCUGCGCCGCACCAAAGCCGAACUGAUGGAAAAGGGCACUCUGAACUCGCUGCCCGAAAGGAAAUGGGAGCUCAUCCCAGUGGAUCUCAGCAAGCCGGAGAGGGACGUCUACGGCAAGAUCCUGAUCUUCUCCAGGACGCUGUUCGCGCAGUUCUUGCACCAGAGGGCGGACAAAAAUGGCGAGGCGACAAUCGAAAAGUACUCCGCUAACCAACAACCGAACGGGCCGAACCAAGAGUACUUCCAGAUGCGGCAGAAAUUGCUGCGGCUGAAUAAUAUCAAGGACGUCAAGCAGCACGAGAUUCUGGUGCUGUUGUUGAGGUUGAGGCAGAUCUGCUGCCACCCGUCUUUGAUUACCGGCAUGUUGCACGAGGACAUGGAGCUCAUGGGGGACGAGGAUCAGCUGGCCGAUAAGAGGGACGCUCUGGAUUUCCUGGACCAGCUCAAUAAUUUGACCAUCGCCGAUGACGCCUAUAACCCGAAUUCCGACAAUGUUGCUCAAGGCAUUGGCGAAGAAGCUCUCGGUCUGAAAGAAGCAGCACGGGGCGUCCUGAACCCAUCCGACCCCGUCUUCUCCAAAGAAUCCAUGAGCAGCAAAAUCAAGGUGAUGCUCAGAGUCUUGCGCGAAAAAGUGAUAGCGAACGACGACAAGGCCAUAAUAGUCUCCCAGUGGUCAUCCUACCUCAACCUGAUCUCCCAGCACCUGCGCACUGAACGCAUAGUCUACGAGCAAUUGGACGGCACAGUGCCCGUCCCCAAAAGAAUGGACAUGGUGGACAGAUUCAACGAUCCCAAGGACAAGAUGAGGGUGUUGCUGCUGUCUUUGACGGCUGGAGGGGUGGGUUUGAACCUGGUGGGGGCCAAUCACCUGUUCUUGUUGGAUCUGCAUUGGAAUCCGCAGCUGGAGAACCAGGCGCAAGACAGGAUAUACCGGAUGGGACAGCAGAAACCGGUUUUCGUGUACAAAUUCAUGGCGACGGAUACGAUAGAGAACAGGAUUUUGGAGCUGCAGGAGAAGAAGUUGUCGAUCGCUAAUUCUAUGCUUACUGGAACGAAGCAGGCGAUAACUAGUAAAUUGUCUUUGCAGGAUCUCAAGAUGCUCUUCGAGAUGUGA